UGAAAAUCUCAAGACAUAAAGCCGACGACGCCAUCUUUGUCUCUUGUCGUCGAGUGCAUGAGGUUGCCCACGCUUUGUGUUUUGUGCUUGACCAGUUAAUUAAACUUUGUUUCAAUCAUGUCCAAAUCUGGGGUAAACAUGACCCCUGCCAGACAAGACAAUAAUCCGUACAAAAAAGACAACAGGACCACACCAAACCAAGGAGGUCCGAACUCAAGAGACGACAAACGUAAUUCCGGUAAUUUUUCAACACCCAACCACCAUCAUCAAGGAGGUCACAAUCAGAACAGGGACAAGUCGGGAAACAGAAACGACAGUCGACAGAAUCUGCCAACAAAACGAGAGCAUGAAGAGAAACAUGACGAAAAGGACAGUAAAGCAGAGGGCGGAGAGAAAAAAUUCACAGGGCGAUGCAGAUUGUUUGUCGGAAACCUGACCCCAGACAUCACGGAGAACGAUUUCAAAAAAUUGUUUGAACCCUUUGGCGAAAUUUCAGAAGUCUAUGUCAACACUGGCAGGGGAUUUGGAUUCAUUCGAUUGGAUUAUCGACAGAAUGCCGAAGCAGCUAAGGCAGCCCUUGAUGGGCUACAGAGGAAGGGCAGAAUACUCAGAAUAAGAUUUGCUACCCAUGGUGCUGCACUCAAAGUAAAGAAUCUCCACCCAUAUGUCUCAAAUGAACUUCUUGAACAGUCGUUUUCUCAAUUCGGGGAUCUGGAGAGAUGCAUUGUCAUUGUGGAUGACAGAGGCAAAUCCACAGGAGAAGGCAUAGUGGAGUUUGUGAGGAAACCUGGAGCUAAUUCAGCCCUCAGAAGAAUCAAUGAAGGAGUUUUUCUUCUUGGAGUAGACCCCAAACCAGUUGCUGUAGAGCCAUUGGAACAGAAAGAUGAAGAAGAUGGCAUGCCUGAAAAGUUCCUGACCAAGACAGAACAGUACAAAAAGUAUGAAUAUUAAUAUUGUUGUGGUUUA